AUGAUGGAUGAUUCCAUUGCGUCUUCUGACCCCACAAUGGAGGAACAUCAUAUUGUUAAGGCCGACGAGGUCGAUCAAACAGGAACCGACAUCACAACUGUGUCAGAUGAUCAGUUGAUGGAAGAGGUCGCACAAGGCCUGCGACAGGAGCAAGCUUCCAAAGCGACGUCUGCUGGGCCAAAUGAAUCGCAAGAGCAAAGACCCAACCCAUCGAGGCGUCCAGAACUGCGUCGGAAUGUAUCAGCUCCCCCGCCUCCUUUACAGCCUCCGCCUCCUGCCCCGGUGCAGCAACUGCCGGACAGACCGCCAGACUCGCUGAGUCUGGCUCAAUUAAAACAAAUAGUUCAGGAUAUGCCCAAGGUCAAUCAACCUGCUUAUGCAUUCGAGUACGCUGACUCCCAGCCUCUUGUGGAAGAAAUCGAAGAAUGGUUUCAGUACAGCGAGUUUGAUCGGAUAAUGCUCCUUGGCAUGAAGUCUACAUUUGAGCGAAAAUGGGCUUCUUUCUGUGAGAAUCAGUCUGCGGUUUCCGAUCGGCUACCUUGGCUUGAUGCUCCUCAUGACUUACGCAAAUCUUUCAUGGAGCAGAUAAUAAACGGGCUACCGGAUCGAGACAUUUCUUCUCGUACCGAAGCAUUAGAGGUUGUUUGCUAUGCAUUGACUGGUAUCUGGGGUAGUACUGCUGGAAAAGCAGUCCCUGACUACCCAGAAGAUCUGCCCCCGCAGGCAGUCACAGAUACGCCCAACUCAAAAUCACUGCAAAUCAUAUGGAUGCAGAGAAAUGCCGAGCUUGUCAAUGAGUGUUCAGGACUUGGCCCAUUGCUCAGUUGCCUGUGCAAAGCUCUUGAGAAGAAUCGGAGCUCAUACAAUCCCGAAUCGGACGGCCUGGACUCGCACUCGGAUUCCGCAAAUGUUGCUGCGUCAGAACAUGAGGUGAACCUUGUGCUUACGGCUUUAUACAUAGUCGUAGAGAUUGGCCGAAGACAAGAGAAACAUUCUCAAGAUGUUUCCCUGCGAGAUGCGCUCAUGGGACUGAAGCCUAACUUGUCAGUCUUUCUUGUCGAAGUCAUUGCGCGACUGCGGUGGGAUGAUUCAGCAAACAUUCCGCUCACGCGAAUCAUCCUCCUUUUCUGGAAGUGUCUUCUCCUUUUCUUUGGGGGAAGUGAUAGCUUGAAGAAAGCAAAGGAAGAGUUGGAGCCGCGAAUGGAAGCACGGGAAAACUCUCCCAACCGAAGGACACCGUUUCUGACUGCUUCCCCCCUGGAUUAUCACCUGUUCCGGCAAGAGAUCACAUCAAAAUACCCUGCUUACAACCCCCCACUGCCUGUCGUUCCUCUGGAGCUUGAAAACAACUCUAUUCUCCCUCCUCUUCCUCAGCAUCCUAGCCGCACCAGUUCAUCUACCGGUCUCUUUUCCGGAGUAGGUCCCUCUGUGGCUGGUGGAAACGGUUCUAUCCUCCAUCAGUCUGUCCACAUCGCUACACCAGCACCAUCACCUCCACCAUCACCUAUAGGACCCGGCGGUAAAGCGGGCAAGAAGCAGAAUUACCAGACGAACCAGAACUUUCCUUUUAUGUAUCCUCCUUUGGAUGACUCGAGCAAUGAUAUCGGCGGAAAAGGCAGCGCUGAACGGCAAGAUGCCCUCGUGGGAAAGCGGUGGGAAGGAAGUGAUGUUCCGGCGUCAAUCAUUGAAGCCGGAAAGCUCUUCUCCACCCACGUUAAGAUGACUAGAGCCAUGCGCCAGCUGUGGGAAGAAAGGGAGCGUUUCAUGAAAUAUGACCGCGGUUGGUAUCUUGACGAGAACUCACCUAGCUCAGACGAGGACCCAUCUGGUGAACUUGCUGAGGACCUGGAAAACCUGGUUUUAGAGGGGAGAAAAAAGUCGAGUCACAGUUGGGCCCCACAGAGGGAGACCGAUAAUGAUGACAUACAGCGCCGACUAGAUGCUGUCGAAUCGUUCUACUCCCAAGUCUUGGUGCAUCUACAGUCGAUCACAAUCGUCUUCUUGAAGAUCAUUCUGACCAAUGUCAGCGCUAUGGUCAAUCCGGCGAGUGGUCAGAAUGGACAUGCUAUGAGUGAUGGCUACGGGGCCGUCAAUGGAUUCCCAGCUGCACCUAAUAGCUUCUCGGACAGUUUUAAUGCCGAUGCUGCCAUUGAGGAGCUUGACAACAUUCGCCUACGAGAAAUUACAGGGAAGGCUAUAUCGGGAUCUUUAUUGCUCAUGUUGAAGUGGUUCAAGAGAUCUCAUAUAUUAAAGUUUGAGUAUAUGACGCAGCUUUUGCUCGAUUCGAACUACUUACCCCUGAUUUUGAAGAUGUUCGCGCACCAAGACAUCGACCAGGCGAUAGCACAGAAGAACGAUCGUGAAGAACUAGGUUUCUUUCACUUUUGUCAUGUUCAUUCUGAUCAACCGCCGAAUUCAGCCGAUAACUCAGAGGAGGACUCGUCACCGAGUGAUGAUGAAGCUGUGCCCCCGCCUAUUCUUCGGCACCGUCGUGACACGGAUCCUGGCACCUCCUCAGUGCGACCACCGUCUCCCCAGGAGGCUCUCCCUGAGCUGGUAGAAGGCGCUCAUCGUCCUGAAGUUGACGAAUUGGGAUUCCCGACAGCCCCUCCGCCGAAAGAGCCCAUCACGGUGUUCUCGUUUCGGAACUUCUUCUCUGCCAUCAAUUACCUCCACAUCAUGCAGAAGAUCACCCGCGACAAGGCACACAGAUGUCUGCUCCUCGUUCAGUACAAGUCCAGCACCAUCUUACGAAAGGGGCUCAAGAUUCCUGAUCCUCACUUGCGAUUCUACACCCUGAAAUUGUUCAAGUCUCAGGUGCCCUACUGUGGCCGCAAGUGGCGCCAGAGCAACAUGCGCGUGAUCACUGCAAUCUAUUUAUACUGCCGCCCAGAGCUACGGGAUGACUGGCUGGCUGGGUCGGAUAUUGACGCAGAAGUGGAGGAGGCAUUGCCCCUGGAACAAGCCCUCAGAGGGCUGACACACUGGUGGCACCUACGUCGAUACAAGGACGUGAUGGGCGGCGGAGAAGGAGCGUCCAUGAUGGAAGAAGAGCGGGACUUCUUUGUACGCGAGUUGGAAGCUAUGGGUUGGGGUUUUGCAGGUGAGGAAAUGAUGAAUGAGGAAGCGGAAAUGGCUGCCAACGGGGUCAUGAUGAAUGGGACGGAAUGGGACGGUGGCCCCUUGCAGAUGGAAGGAUGGUGA